GGUCCCGGAGGCAGGAGUCCCGAUCGAGCCAUCCGGCCGCUGUGUGCGCGGCCCCAGCUCAGCCUCCGUCCGUCCCGCCGGCCCCGAGGAGCGCGCGAUGCCCGCCUCCCGCCUGCUGGCCGCGCUGUGCGGCGCGCUGCUCUGCGCCCCAGGCCUCCUGCUCCAGGGCUCCGGUGACUUCUGCGACUCCCUCGAGUGCCUGAACGGCGGGACCUGCCUGCCGGGCCAGGACCGGCUCCCCUUCCACUGCCUCUGCCCCGAGGGCUUCGCGGGGCCCGUGUGCAACGAGACCGAGAAAGGCCCGUGCUCCCCGAACCCCUGCCGCCACGGCGCCGAGUGCCAGGCGCUGGGGGAGCAGGCGCGCCGUGGCGAUGUGUUCACCCAGUACGUGUGCGAGUGCCCGCAGGGCUACUCCGGCGUCCACUGUGAGAGCCGGUGCGCCAUGCCGCUGGGCAUGGAGUCCGGGGCCAUCGCCGACCGCCAGGUCUCCGCCUCGUCCGUGCACCUGGGGUUCAUGGCGCUGCAGCGCUGGGGGCCCGAGCUGGCCCGCCUGCACCGCUCCGGCAUCGUCAACGCCUGGACGGCCAGCAACUACGACCGGAGCCCCUGGAUCCAGGUGAACCUGCUGCGGAGGAUGAAGGUGACGGGCGUGGUGACCCAGGGCGCCAGCCGCGCCGGCCGAGCCGAGUACGUGAAGAUGUUCAAGGUGGCGUACAGCCUGGACGGGAAGAAGUUCAAGUUCAUCCAGAAAGACGGGGAAGCGGGAGACCAGAUUUUUACUGGGAACGUGGACAACAGCGGCCUGAAGGUCAACAUGUUCGACGGCCCUCUCGAGCUGCAGUAUGUGAGGCUGAUGCCCGUGGACUGCCAUCGGGGCUGCACCCUGCGCUUGGAGCUCCUGGGCUGCGAGGUGAAUGCAGGAUGUGAUGAACCUCUGGGCAUGAAGGACAGAACCAUCCCCGACAAGCAGAUCACGGCCUCCAGCACCUUCAGGACCUGGGGCCUGGGCUCCUUCAGCUGGCACCCCUCCUAUGCACGGCUGGAUCAGCAGGGCAAGUUCAACGCCUGGACCGCCGAGAGGAACUCCGCCUCUGAGUGGCUGCAGAUCGACUUAGGCUCUCUGAAGCAAGUGGCCGGCAUCGUCACGCAGGGGGCCCGGGACUUCGGCAGCAUCCAGUACGUGGCGGCCUAUAAGGUGGCCCACAGCAGCGACGGCCGGAGGUGGACUGAGUACAAGGAGCCGGGGGCCGAGGUCCCCAGGAUCUUCCCCGGCAACUGUGACAAUAACUCCCACAAGAAGAACAUGUUCGAGGUGCCCUUUGUGGCCCGUUACGUGCGCAUCCUGCCCGUGUCCUGGCACAACCGGAUCACCCUCCGGGUGGAGCUGCUGGGGUGCGCGUAGUAGGACCGGCGCGCGCGCGUAGUAGGACCGGCGGACGGACGGGACCGGAGGGCCCUGUGGGGCACUGCCCUCAUCCAUCCCUGGUUCUCCCGGCCUUCUGGGGUCCUGCCGCCUCCUCCUCCUCCUCCAUCCACCGCCCGCCUGAUUGUAGUGCCGUGGGGGGGGGGAGGGGGAGGAGGAGGGGGUGUCCCCGUCUCUCCCUCUCCCUCUGUCCUCCUCACACCUCACCUCCCACACGUCCGCCCCACCUCCCCCCUACCCCUGGCGCCCAGCCCUCCCGCACCUUCCCUCCCGCUUCCUACACUUGAUCUUGCCAAAGGCCGAAGGACAAUCCAUCCAUCCCAGGUUCUUAGGCGCCGUGGGAGUUGGAUAGGUCUGGGCCGGGCAGGGAAGAGCAAAACCGGGGUCCCCCUCUUCAGGAUCUCCCCUUCCAGCCUCUGUCGCCAAUAGCCCGCCCCCCCCCCCCCCCCCCACGUUCCCUGGAGCAAGACCCUGAGGUGCCAGGCAGGAGAUGACAGCCCCCCCCUGCCACUCAGGAUGCUGCCAUUUCUGAUGCCGCCACCCCACCCAGCCCUCCGACACGCCCACCCCCCUCCCCGGAGCCCCCUCUUGGCCCUGGAGCUGCAGCCUGGAAAGACAGAAGCGGGUGGUGGGGUGGGUCUGGGGACCGUAGGGGCGGGGAGAUGGGCGGGCCUGGGCGGCCCCUGAGUGCACAGGCAGCUUCCAAAAUAUAUUUAUGUCACUGCCUGGA